AUGCUAGAUCUAGUGAUAUCACCCAGCCUGACAGUAAAUAGAGAGUGCCACGAUAGACUGAAGCUUAACCUUUCUAACAUUUAUGCCACGGCUCCAGAUGACAUAGAAGGUAAGUCCAAGCAAAUUGCUCAUAGUGAAAUCGUUGUUGAAUCAGGUAACAGCAAAGCAGCAUCACAGUGUCCUCUCCAUCUCUACUCCACAGAACAUCAUCCCCAUAUAGUGACAGUCCCAUCUUUUCCAACAAUGGCAACCUAUGGACAGACCCAGUACAGUGCAGGAAUCCAGCAAGCCGCUACUUAUGCUGCAUACCCUCCACCAGGACAACCUUAUGGAAUACCCUCCUACAGCAUCAAAACAGAAGAUAGUCUGAGCCAUUCUCCAGGACAGAGUGGGUUUCUUAGCUAUGGAUCCACCUUCAGUACCCCAACAACAGGACAAGCACCAUACACCUACCAGAUGCAUGGAACAUCAGGGAUUUACCAAGGAGGCAACGGCCUGACCAAUUCUGCAGGAUUCAGCGCUGUGCAUCAGGAAUACUCGUCCUAUCCAAGCUUUCCUCAAAGCCAGUACUCUCAGUAUUACACCUCUUCCUACAACUCUCCUUAUGUAUCGGCGAAUAGCAUCAGUCCAUCAGCCAUCCCGACAUCCACAUACUCUCUCCAAGAGUCUUCACACAACAUCACUAGUCAAAGCACAGAAUCACUGUCUGGGGAAUAUGCAACCACACCAGUAAAAGAUACAGAAACAGACAGGCAACACCGAGGGUCUGAUGGAAAGUUACGAGGCCGAUCAAAAAGAAGCAACGAUCCUUCCCCUACAGUUGACAAUGAGAUUGAGCGGGUGUUUGUGUGGGAUUUGGAUGAGACGAUAAUUAUUUUUCACUCCUUACUCACGGGAACCUUUGCAUCCAGAUAUGGGAAGGACACCACCACGUCUGUGCGGAUAGGUCUUAUGAUGGAAGAAAUGAUCUUCAACCUUGCAGAUACACAUCUGUUCUUUAAUGACCUGGAGGAUUGUGACCAAAUACACAUAGACGACGUAUCAUCCGAUGACAAUGGACAAGAUCUAAGCACAUAUAACUUCUCAGCAGAUGGCUUUCACAGUUCAACUGCUGGUGCAAAUCUAUGUCUGGGCUCUGGAGUUCAUGGGGGAGUUGACUGGAUGAGGAAAUUAGCAUUCCGCUACCGUCGGGUGAAAGAGAUGUACAAUACCUACAAAAACAAUGUAGGAGGUUUAAUAGGAGCUCCUAAGAGGGAAACCUGGCUGCAGUUAAGAGCAGAACUGGAAGCUCUGACUGAUCUCUGGCUCACUCAUGCUCUCAAGGCUCUGAAUUUGAUACAUUCCCGGCCUAACUGUGUAAACGUGUUGGUCACCACAACUCAGCUCAUACCAGCUCUUGCUAAAGUGCUGCUAUAUGGACUGGGCACAGUCUUCCCCAUUGAAAACAUCUACAGUGCAACAAAGACAGGGAAAGAGAGCUGUUUUGAACGGAUAAUGCAGAGGUUUGGGAGGAAAGCCGUGUAUGUUGUAAUAGGAGAUGGUGUUGAAGAGGAACAGGGAGCAAAAAAGCACAACAUGCCAUUCUGGAGAAUCUCCUGUCAUGCUGACCUGGAGGCUCUCAGGCACGCCCUGGAACUUGAGUACUUGUAG